GAAGGAAAGAAUAUUCAAAAGGAACGUUCUUCAGCAUUUCUUCUAUUGUAUUAGAGCUAUUUUCUUUCUAUCCUAUCCUUUAAAUAUCAACUUCAUUCCUUCAUUUAACACCACAACACCAACCACCACCAUCUUCUUCUUCUUCAGGCAAUCAAGUGGAGGAGGAAAAGAUGCAGUUAAAACUUUAAAAAGUUUUAUAUUUUUAGGUGUAUUUAGGGGAGAAGGAAUUAAGAUCGAGGAAAAACACUUAGGAAGGAGGUAUUUUAUUGGUUCAACAGUUGUGAAUUUGAUGAGUAAUAUCAUCACUGAAGGGCACUCUAUUUCGAGGCCACCAUAUUUCAAUGGAAGAAACUACACUGAGUGGAAGGAACGUAUGAGAGUAUUCAUACAAUCUGUUGACUUCAAGCUUUGGCUUGUGAUAAAAAAUGGACCAAAAGUUCCAACCAAGCUAGUAGACAACAAAGAAGUGGAGAAAAGUGAAGAUGAAUAUGAUGAAGACGACAUGAAGAGUUUGGAAUUAGAAGCAAAAGCAAAAAAUAUUUUACAUUGUGCCUUAAAUCCAGAUAUUUUUGAAAUAUUUUCAGAUGACCCAAAAUCAGCCAAGCAAAUGUGGGACGAGCUUGACAGAUUUUUUUUUGACAGGGAAAUGACAGGUGCCAACUCUCCAACUCCACAAGGACAACUCUCCAAGGAUCCAAACACACCAGAUGCUACUCAAUUUAAUUCUCCUGACCUUUACUUUUUUCAGGAUACAAGGGAAUCCAUGGACAAAUUUUUGGAUCUUUGUGUGCCCCUUCACAAGCUUGCUCUAAGAGGCAACUGGGAAGCAGCCAAAGUAAUCUUAGCAAAAGAUGAUAGACUGAAGCACGCUGCAAUAGCUAGUGGUUGGGCUACACUUCUACAUGUUGCUGCAGGAGCAAACGAUUCACACUUUGUGGAGGAGCUGCUGCAAGAACUCAAAGACGAACACAUUGCAUUGCAAGAUUACAUGGGCAACACCGCCUUCUCCUUCGCUGUUGCAUCUGGGAACAUGGAAAUUGUUAAAUUAUUGAUGGAUAGAAAUCCACACUUGCCAACAAAAAGGGGUGGAAAUGAUUAUACACCUAUUCAGUUUGCUGUGAUGCAAGGAAAAUGCGACAUGGCACGGUUUCUAUACGACAUGACCAAAGUAGUAUUCCAAGACAAGGACAAGAUAAAGUUGUUCUUUACCUGUAUCAAGACCGGCAACUAUCACAUGGCCUUAGAAAUGGCAAGAGAGUGGGAAGAGCUAGCUUAUGCACGGGAUGAAAAUAAGGACACAGCUUUGCAUCUCUUGGCUCUAAAUCAAAACCCUUUGGAUUCUUGUUGUCAUUGUUCAGAGAUUAAAGAUCCCAUCCAGAUCAACCCUGACAUGAAAAAACAUGUGAUGUUUCAAUUGGUUAAUUUUCUGUGGAAAACGAUUCUCCGCCACAAAGACCACUCGGAGGCAUUCAGAAUCAUAAGUGUCCCUUCUCAACUAUUAUUCGAUGCUGCAGAAGUUGGUAAUUUUGGAUUCUUGUCAGAGCUUAUUAGUGCUUACCCUAGCAUGAUCAUAUGGGAAGUGGACAACAAAAACCAAAGUAUAAUUCACACAGCAGUUUCAUAUCGCCAUGCUAGCAUCUUCAAUCUCGUACAUGAAAUAGGGUCCAUUAAGGAUAUUAUAAUAUCAUAUUUUGUCAAAGAAAACAACCCGUUGUGUUUUCAACCAAAAAAUAAGAACAACACUUUAUUGCAUUUGGCUGCAAAGUUAGCCCCACCAGAUCGACUUGAAUUAGUUUCUGGAGCAGCAUUCCAAAUGUGCCUCGAGAUCAUAUGGUUUAAGGAGGUGAAGAAAAUAAUGCCACCAUCAUUCAUAAAGUUGAAAAAUUCUGAUGGCCUAACUGCUGAAGAAUUAUUUACAAAGGAGCAUGAAGGAUUGCGAAAAGAAGGAGAGGAAUGGAUGAAACGCACUGCUGAGUUUUGUAUGCUUAUAUCAACAGUUAUUGCCACAGCAGUGUUCGCUGCUGCUAUUAACAUACCAGGUGGUAUCGAUGAUGGCACAAAUAAACCAAAUUACUUGAACAAAGCAUCAUUCCAAGUAUUUGCAAUAUCAGAUGCAGCUGCAUUCGUCUUCUCUGCAACUGCAAUAUUGAUAUUCUUGUCUAUUCUCAUCUCACGAUAUGCGGAGUACGACUUUCACCAGUCACUACCCUUGAAGUUAAUAUGUGGACUGAUAACUCUAUUCAUCUCCAUAGCAUGCAUGAUGGUAGCAUUUGGCAGUGCCUUCUUCAUAACGUAUUACUAUGGUUUGAAGGCGGUUCCUGAUAUAAUUGCAGUACUUGCAUGUCUACCAUUGCUUCUAUAUAUAGGUUUGCAAUUUUCAUUAUGGUCAGAUAUCAUCUACUCAACCUUCUAUUGUAGGAAUCUAUUUAAGCCAAGUAAACGUAUGAUUUAUGUAGCUACUAAAGAAUUAGAGGCAUUGUAAUCAGAUCAUUUUUUAAAGUUUCAAUAUAUCAAGUCGACUUAAAAAACUA